AUGGGGCUCUUUACACCAGCUGUCCAGAUCAAAGAUGAAGGGACCCUUUAUCUUCCCAAUGGUUCUUGUGAAAUUGCGCGAGUUCGUCAAGACAAGUUGAAGGCAUUGGAAUGGUUCUUUCUUCAACUGAAGAGGGUCAAGAAUAUCACUUCGAAUGGGCCCACCAUUUCGGUUGGCAUUGAAUGUCCUCUGCCUUUCUUGGUUACCACGACGACGAAGUCCAUGAGGAAACAGCCAUCGUGCACUUCCGCGACCUCCAACGAUGCUGGCUAG